AUGUUUUGGAGAAAAUGUCCGACCGGAACACUGAUCGUACUUGCCGACAUCGAACCGCCAACCUGGGAUGAGCAACAGCGGUUGAUGGGAGCGAUGCUAGCAUACCAUUUGGCCCGGAGACUGAAAUUCGCUGGCAAUAAUGGUACUCUUCGGGUUUCUGCAAGUCCCUGGACUGCCAAGUUCUUCAACGACAUGAUCAAUAAUAACUACUCGUUUCUAUCAUUGGGAAAAUUCUGGCAAAUCGACUACGCAAUUAAGAGAGAAACCACUUUAUUGCAGCAAAUCCGAUACCCUACUUACUUCGUCGAAGGCAUGUGCCUGGCUUUUAUUCAGUGGCUUUUCAACUACGGAUCGCCAGAUAUAGGGACGUCGGCAAUGGCUACACCACGUCCAUCGCUAAUCUCUUUGAGUGAGCAAGAGUUGUAA